AUGAAAAAACAAAAAAAAAAUCAAUUUACUUAAAUAAAUUUCAAAACUUUUACUAUAUAUAAAAAUAAAAUGAUAAAAAGUAAAUCAGAGAAAGAAAAAGACAUAAAGAAGAAGGAUUCUUUAUGUAACUGUUUUUAAGUGGGAAGGUAAAAAACCAAAAUAUCUGAUAAACAGAAAAUAAUUUAAACUAAGAGGAUAUUUUAACAUUAAAAAUAAUUUCUUGCAAGAACCAUAAAAAUAAAAUUUAGUCCAAAAUAAAUAAACAAAGAAAAAUUAAAGAAAAUAUAAAUAAAAUUUAGAUAGAAGAUUUAGUAAAAAAAUAAAUUAUUUGAAAUGCAUGGAAGUGAAGAAGAACAUUAAAAGAUAUCUUCUAAAAAUAAAUAAAAAAUUAUUUAAAUAUAAACAAAAUGA